AGAGCUACUUCCGGUAGGAACGUCGGGUGAAUGGUCAGCGGCAGAGGCGGUUGAGGGCUUCCCAGGACGGGUUCAGUAGGCAGGGCUCUGCGUGGGUCCUGGAAUUCGAGUCAGAGCUUGGACCAGAGCUCCUCCUGAGGAUGCUGAAGGGGUUGGUGAUGUUCAAAGAUGUGGCUAUACAUGUCUCUCAGGAGGAAUGGGAAUGCCUGAACCCUGCCCAGAGGAAUUUGUACAAAGAUGUGAUGCUGGAGAACUAUAGCAACUUGGUUUCACUGGGACUUUCUAUUUCUAAGCCGGCUGUGAUAUCCUCAUUGGAGCAAGGGAAGGAGCCCUGGAUGGUUGUAAGGGAAGUGACAGGAGGACCAUGCCCAGGUGGGAACCAGGGGACUCAAGUCUCAGAGACCAAGAGCGCCACCUCAAGAAACCACACUGCUUUUAUUGUGCUCUUUAGGAUGACAUCAAGUGAGGAGGAGGUGUGCAGACUUGGUGUCCAAGUGUGAGCCCAAGAAGUUGUCUCCAAAAAGAGACAUUUUUGAGACAGAAUCAUCCCAUUGGGCUAUCAUAGAAUCAUUCAAAAGCCAUAAUCCUGAUAAAUCCAUUUUUAGAGACAUUUGGGAAUGCAAAAGUCAAUGUGAGAGACAACUGGGAAAACAGGAGGGCUAUUUCAGGCGAUUCAUUGUCAACCAUGAACACAUGCACAUUUUUAGCCAACACGUUUUGUUCACUCAGGAAUUUUAUAAUAGACAGAAAAUCUUUGAAUGUAAAAAAUGCAGAAAGAACUUAAGUUACCAUGUAUUUUUUAAUCCUCACAAAAGAACUCAUUCUAAAGAGGAACCUUCUGAAUGUAAGGAAUGUGCAGAAACUGUUGCUACAUUGUACUUUCGUAAACAACAGGGAAUUCAAGGUAAUAACAAGUGCAGUGAAUGUAAGGAAUGUUGGAAGGCCUUUCUUCAUUGCUCACGACUUAAACAACAUUUGAGAAUUCAUAAUGGUGAAGAAUGUUAUGAGUGUAAAGAAUGUGGGAAGGCCUUUAAUUAUGGCUCAAAGCUUAUUCAAUAUCAGAGAAUAGACACUGGUGAGAAACCCAAUGAAUGUAAGGAAUCCGGGAAGGCCUUUAUGCAACUAUCACAACUUACUCAACAUCAGAGAUUUUAUACUGGUGAAAAACCCUAUGUGUGUAAGCAAUGUGGGAAGGCUUUUAUUUGUGGCUUUCAACUUACUGAACAUCUGCAGCUCCAUACUGGUGAGAAACCCUACGAAUGUAAAGAAUGUGGGAAGACUUUCAGGCAUCAGUCACCCCUUACCAUACAUCAGAGAAUCCAUACUCAUGAAAAACCCUAUGAGUGUAAAGAGUGUGGGAAGGCCUUUAGUUAUGGCUCAGAACUUAUUCUGCAUGAGAGAAUUCAUACUGGUGAGAAACCGUAUGAAUGUAAGGAAUGUCGGAAGGCCUUCAGGCAGCGAUCACAACUUACUCAACAUCAGAGACUUCAUACUGGUGAAAAACCCUAUGAAUGUAGGCAAUGUGGGAAAGCUUUUAUUCGUGGUUUUCAACUUACUGAACAUCUGCGACUCCAUACUGGUGAGAAACCCUACGAAUGUAAAGAAUGUGAUAAAACUUUCAGGCAUCGAUCACACCUCACAAUACAUCAGAGAAUUCAUACUGGUGAGAAACCCUACGAAUGUAGAGAAUGUGGAAAGGCCUUUAGCUAUCACUCAAGCUUCUCUCACCAUCAGAAAAUUCAUUCUGGCAAAAAACCUUAUGAAUGUAAUGAAUGCGGGAAGGCCUUCUGUGAUAGCUUACAGCUUAAUCUGCAUAGGAGGAUUCAUACUGGUGAGAAACCCUACAAGUGUAAAGAAUGUGGGAAGACUUUUAGACAGUGCUCACACCUCAAAAGACAUCAGAGGAUUCAUACUGGUGAGAAACCUCAUGAAUGUAUGAGAUGUGGGAAGGCCUUUCGACUUCAUUCACACCUUAUUCAACAUCAGAGAAUUCAUACUGGUGAGAAGCCCUAUGAAUGUAAGGAAUGUGGGAAGGCCUUUAGCUAUCAUUCAAGCUUCUCACACCAUCAGAGAAUUCAUUCUGGGAAGAAAUCAUAUGAAAGUGGGAAAGCCAUUGAUCAUGGCUUACAGUGGAAUCUACAUCAGACAGCUUCAUACUGUUGAGAUGUCAGUAAGGUUUCCUCUCCCCCCCAUCCUAGUCUAGUAUCAUGAAAUUAUUUUUGGAGAUAAACAUUUUCUUUUUUUCUUUAAGGAAAAUGUUGGUAAAAUACGGGGUUUCAUUCGUAUUGAUUUAUUUUAGUAAUUCUUGAAAUCUUUUCUCCCCCUCAAGGGAAAAAAUGGAAAAGUUAUUAAAAGGAAAAAAAAAAAUGCUCUGGUUUCACUGCUGCUUCUGAGUUAUCGUAAUGAUCAGUAUUGGAAGUAAAUUUUGUAAAACUGUAUGUUUUCACUGAAACCAGUAAAGUGGGGCAGAAAUAAAAUGAAAACAAUUUCUUCCUCUCCCACAAAUCUCUGAGAUACCAAUAUGUGUGUGUUGCUUUUUUUCUGCCUGCUUAAACAUAUCUGCACAUGUGAAGGGUUUAUUCCAUGUGUGUGAAAGGUUUUACGUCCUGUAGUGACAUAUUGCAUGGUAAUUUGCCCUUUUCACUUAAAUAAUCAUGGACAUUUACCCAGGUCAAUACAUACAGAUCUGACUCAUUCUUUUUAAACAUUCAGAAUAUUUCUAGUAUGGGAUGUAUGUCAGUGUUUUGAGCCAUCUCUUACUGUAGACAUUCAAACUGUUUCUACUUUUUUCACCAGAAAUGAUUAUGCAGUAAA